AUGUGGAUUAGCAGGGCCACUUUGGCUCUUGGUUUAUUUUGCACUUUAAUUAGUGACUACGCUGGUUUGAGAGAGAUCCCAGCUUUGUUUGAAGGACGAUUAAAGGUUGUUAUAUCGUUUUAUAUGAACUCAGUAACAUUUAAUAGUUCUAUCCUCAUGAACACUAACACUGUUUCUACCAAGUAAGACAUGUCUAUAUCGUUAAGGUAAACACUUGGUAUAAAUAGAUUGAGGUGAAUGGGAGAUCUGUGUAUUGUUUAGUUUGAUUGUCUAUUUCUUCAAUAGAUAAAUCACUGAGAACGGAGCACUAUAAAAAUAGCAAAGAGAGGAGAUCGAUGAAAAGUAAAAUUGAAAAAUGGAAUGUGAGACAUGUAUACAGUGGGCGCAGAUAGUGCUCGCUACAUGAGUCUUAUAGCAUGUGAGACAGGGUGAAAUAAACCGCCUAAAUUUUGGCAUUUUCAAUUUACUACAAUUUGCUGUUUAGUGAAUUAAUCUCAUUGUUUAUGUUUCCUUGAACAUUAUUUAAACUAAUUGUCAGAAUCAAUGUGUCAAACGAAAUAACCAAUCACUGUCUUCCUUUACAGGUGCUGGACUCGGAAUUAUAACAUGAACUACUGGCUGAUUAUACGACUUCCCAUCCUGAUUGCUAUUGGGGUAAGGGGCUAAUAAAAACCCACUGAAAGGGGGUUAGGGGGCAGAUAUGGAAUAAACUCUUUCACACACACACGCCUUUAUACACACUCACAAACUCUCCCUCACAUGCUGUCAGACCCACACUCACACACUGUCAGACCCACACUCACAUACUCUCACACUCACACACCCACACACUGUAUGACCCACACUCACACACUGUCAGACCCACACAUACACUGUCAGACUUACACACUGUAAGACCCACACUCACACAUUGUCAGACGGUAACCCACACAUUGUCAGAUGGUGACCCACACAUUGUCAGACUCACACUCACACACGGUCAGACUCACACACUCUCAGACUCACACACUGUCAUACCCACACUCACACACUGUCAGACUCACACUCACACACUGUCAGACCCACACUCACAGACUGUCAGACCCACACUCACACACUGUCAGACUCACACUCUGUGACGAGACCAAUCUCGCCACAUUGCAUUGGAGAAGCCUGGUUGCUCGCCUGCUGCCUUUGGACUAUGGCCCCCUGUUAAAAGACAUCUUUUUUACCUGCAGAAAAGCUUCAGUCGUGUUUUUCUGCCUGAGUUUCAGUAGAUUUGUUUGAAUGUGUUAUACCCCAGAUGGGAAUCCCAUGGAGCCCAUUCGUAUGAAACUGACUGUAAAGACUUUGGCUCCAUGGUGAUUAAACUGUAUUUGUGUGGUCCGAGCGCCAUUCACUUAAUAAUGUGCGCUCAGACCUGAGCUAUCUGGGGAUAUGUGAAAUGUCUGUGUUUUAUGUAUAAAUGUGACUUUAUGUAUUUUAAAGUGUUUUGUGUCUUUUUGCAACCAUGUGCUUAAUGGAGUCUUGUGUCUAUCCUGGGAGAUAAUUGAAUUACUUAUCUCCAGGAUAGAAGACUCUGAAACUGGUUUGGGCCAGAAAGCCAUGCUUCAUUUAGUCACAAAGGACUUUUUACUAACUUUUGAACCCCUUGUCUGAUUUGUGCCAUUUUUGAAUAUGUUGUUCCCCUGAAUGGAUUGAUUGUGCAUAUGUAAUUUUAUGUGAAUGUGAUGUAUGGUUUUAGAGUUAUGAAAGUUGGGUAGAAAGUAUGUUUUAACUGUAUGUAUAAUUGAGUUUCCUCUCAGGAUAAGGGGAGGGAAUAUGUGGGAUGUAACUGUGAUGUGAUUGGUUGUUUUAUACCUCCCUGUGGGUGGUCCUGUAUUUGAAACACUGUAAUAAAACCAGGCUGGGUGUGCCAGCACCUCAGACCACUGCUUGACCCUCAACACGGAGCCUUGUCUCGUCUUUGGGGGGAUUUACUGUAUGCUGCUAAGGACUGAUUGCUAGGAGUGUAAGCCGCUUGGAAGCUUUUCCUGUUCGCCUGCUAGCAGCUAUUCGUAUGGUUCCUGUUCGUUUAUUUGAAGUGCCACCUUAUUCCCUUGUAUGCCGUUCGGGAGUUUGGAGCAUUCACUUAUUGGCGGUUCGUGAGUUUUGGUGAUUAUUCAGUAGCUGUGCCUGUCUCUGAAAAGGGGAUUAUCGUCUAAGCGGUUUUUUCCCCUUUUGUGCAAAACGGUCCAUUACAAUUGGUGGCAGCGGUGGGAUCGUUCCUACAACCAGAAGGACAGCUACAGGAGACACCAUUUCUUUGGAUUUUACAAUUUGAGGGCAACGCAUGUCUGAGUACAGCGACCCUGACAGCAACAGCAUGGAACCAGCAGUGUCAUACGAGGAGGAGGACCUGGAUGGCCGGGAUGCAUUAAGGAAAGGCAUCUGGUACCAGGCCCUGGAUAAUGUACAGUACCAGUGGGGUGAGAGUCUCCCCAGUGAAGAGCAGCGGUUGCAGAAGCAAGUGGCCCUGCGGAUGCCCUUCCUGGGAGAGCAGCCCCUAGAUGAAUGGGUGAAGGAAUUGGAGCACCGGGUAUGGCAGGAGAUUUGGCUGGAAGAUGCAUACCAGGCGCUCUGGUGGUAUGGGACACAGUACCUGCCCUGGACAGCCGAGCAUGACAAGCCAGAGGGACAGGAGUUUGAUGGUCCUGGCUUGUUAUGGGAGGCUUUUUCAGAGCCUGAAUUUGGGAGCCCUACACAAGCCCGGUUCAGUGAUCUCUUGGAGUGGAGGGAGAGCAGGUAUGACUGGGACGACACUCACGACAUUGAGCAAGACCUGGCCCACCUAGCAACCCUGGAGUGGGAACUGGAGCAGGACUACCAAGAUCUCUUCCACUCCAUUGAAAAGAUUCAGCAGGACAGCAAGGUGACAGAUCCAGUUCCAGACCCAUUCAGCUGGGAAGACAUUGUGGAUAUUUUCUGGGAAGAACCCCAGGUGGCCGGUAGAGAUGGGACCGAGGUCUCUCCACCGGUAUUGCAGGGAAUUGGGAGCCCGAGCUCCAUUCCCCAGCGGGAGAUAUUGCAGGGAAGGAGAGCCUGAGCUCCAUUCCCCAGCGGCAGGCUGAGUUACAGGGGGCAGAGGUAGUUGUUCCUGCCCCCCAGCAGCAGAGUGAUAUGCCGGGAAGGCAGUGUAAAGUGCAGGGAGAGGAGAACAGCGUCCUCCCUCCCCAGCGGCAGGCUGAGAUACAGGGGGCAGAGGUAGUUGUUCCUGCCCCCCAGCAGCCAAGUGAUAUGCCGGGAAGGCAGUGUGAAGUCCAGGGAGAGGAGAGCAGUGUCCUCCCUCCCCAGCGGCAGCGUGAUUUUUUGGGAAUUGGGAGCCCAGUCUCCAUUCCCCAGCGGCAGUGUGAUGUGCCGGGAAUUGGGAGCCCAGUCUCCAUUCCCCAGCGGAGAUACAGCAGGGAAUUGGGAGCCCAGUCUCCAUUCCCCAGCGGCAGAGUGUCCUACCAGGGAAUAGAGAGCCCAGUCUCCUUUCCCCAGCAGCAGGACACUGUAUUGGGAGCGGAGACAGUCGGUCUCCCUCCACAGAGGAUGAAAGUAUGUAUGGGAGAGGAGCUUGCUACCACCUCUCCCCAGCAGCGGAUCAUUAAUGGGCAGGGAAUAGAGAGCUCAGUCUCCUUUCCCCAGCGGCAGAGUGUUCUAUCGGGAGAGGAGCCUGUUACCCCCUCUCCCCAGCGACAGCUUAGAGUAUCCAAAGGGGAGACAGUCGGUCUCCCCCUCCGGCAGCAGAGCUGUGCAACAAAAGGGGAGACAGUCGGUCUCCAGCAGCAGAGCGGUGUAGUUAAAGGGGAGACAGUCGGUCUCCCCCUCCAACAACCAGGCUUCAACCAGGCUACCCUCCCAGUAGCGCUGGCAACAGGGCAGAGUGCCGCUGGUCUCUGCCCACGCAGCAACCCACCCAGUCAGUGUACCCGUACCCAGCACAGCUGUGGUGAGGCACCUGGACAUGGACAAGCUUCUCCUUUACCCAGGUGUAGUAACCAUUUAUUGUGGGUGGGCUGUGCUGUUGAUUAUGUUUUGUGGGUGGGCUGCUGGACUAACAAGGGCACUGACCGGCAGGAGGUCAGAUACCCUGUUAGUCUGUUUGGAAAAGGGGAGAGAUGUGACGAGACCAAUCUCGCCACAUUGCAUUGGAGAAGCCUGGUUGCUCGCCUGCUGCCUUUGGACUAUGGCCCCCUGUUAAAAGACAUCUUUUUUACCUGCAGAAAAGCUUCAGUCGUGUUUUUCUGCCUGAGUUUCAGUAGAUUUGUUUGAAUGUGUUAUACCCCAGAUGGGAAUCCCAUGGAGCCCAUUCGUAUGAAACUGACUGUAAAGACUUUGGCUCCAUGGUGAUUAAACUGUAUUUGUGUGGUCCGAGCGCCAUUCACUUAAUAAUGUGCGCUCAGACCUGAGCUAUCUGGGGAUAUGUGAAAUGUCUGUGUUUUAUGUAUAAAUGUGACUUUAUGUAUUUUAAAGUGCUUUGUGUCUUUUUGCAACCAUGUGCUUAAUGGAGUCUUGUGUCUGUCCUGGGAGAUAAUUGAAUUACUUAUCUCCAGGAUAGAAGACUCUGAAACUGGUUUGGGCCAGAAAGCCAUGCUUCAUUUAGUCACAAAGGACUUUUUACUAACUUUUGAACCCCUUGUCUGAUUUGUGCCAUUUUGAAUAUGUUGUUCCCCUGAAUGGAUUGAUUGUGCAUAUGUAAUUUUAUGUGAAUGUGAUGUAUGGUUUUAGAGUUAUGAAAGUUGGGUAGAAAGUAUGUUUUAACUGUAUGUAUAAUUGAGUUUCCUCUCAGGAUAAGGGGAGGGAAUAUGUGGGAUGUAACUGUGAUGUGAUUGGUUGUUUUAUACCUCCCUGUGGGCGGUCCUGUAUUUGAAAAGACUGUAAUAAAAACCAGGCUGGGUGUGCCAGCACCUCAGACCACUGCUUGACCCUCAACACGGAGCCUUGUCUCGUCUUUGGGGGGAUUUACUGUAUGCUGCUAAGGACUGAUUGCCAGGAGUGUAAGCCGCUUGGAAGCUUUUCCUGUUCGCCUGCUAGCAGCUAUUCGUAUGGUUCCUGUUCGUUUAUUUGAAGUGCCACCUUAUUCCCUUGUAUGCCGUUCGGGAGUUUGGAGCAUUCACUUAUUGGCGGUUCGUGAGUUUUGGUGAUUAUUCAGUAGCUGUGCCUGUCUCUGAAAGGGGGAUUAUCGUCUAAGCGGUUUUUUCCCCUUUUGUGCAAAACGGUCCGUUACACACUCACACACUGUCAUACUCACACACUGUCAGACUCACACUCACACACUGUCACACCCACACUCACACACUGUCAGACUCACACUCACACACUGUCACACCCACACUCACAGACUGUCAGACCCACACUCACACACUGUCAGACUCACACUCACAUACUGUCAUACUCACACUCACACAAUGUCAUACUCACACUGUCAGACUCACACGCACACACUGUCAGACUCACACACUGUCACACCCAUUUUACUGCUGUAGCCCACCAUUAAGCAGUGGUGCUCUCAGUCAGUGGAUGGGUGUCGGUGAUAGACGUUAACCCCCUUUCCGCAUUAGUUUAGGCAGAAUAGGCAGCUCAGCUAGUGUAGGACCGGCUGCCAGGAGAUUAAGGAAGACCUGGGAGUUGUGCCAAGCACAUACAGAGUCUGUUUCUAUUGAGCUCACCCAAUGACCGAGUCUGCUGCUGUUGAUUUAAAGAAAUAUAUUUAAAAGGAAACCAAUGAAGGUAACCAUUUCAACCUCCCCAGCUCCUGCCUCCAGGCCUUGUUGUUCUUUUAGAGAAUAUAUCCCUGAUAUCAUACCUCAUACCUCACUGUCAGAGGUGAAUGUGCCAUUAAUUAUGUGAUCACAUGAUUAUCUACACAGGGACAUGAAUAAUGUAAUAAUUAAAGGAGCACUGUUCUAUUUUGUCUGCAGAUCACUGAAGUUGUAAAGGAGAAGGGAGUUUACAGGAAACUUCUUACCUUUAGGGGUUAACAUGUUUUGUAAUGGUUUACCCCCGAAGUGGGUCCUCUGGUGCCCAACACGGCUGCCCCAAGCUUCCUUCCUCUUUGCCUCCAUUCUCACUCUAUUGCCAGACGCCUAGUGAAACAAAUGGUAUGUACUAAUUCUCUCACUAAGUGGCCAGAGAUAUGCUGAGAGGAUUAGUGGAUGUUUUUAGGAUCACCGGCCACCGAGCAAAACUCUACCCACACUGCGGUGACAGCGAGAGGAAGGGAGCCGGGAGCAAUGGUGUCCAGAGGUCCAACUACAAGGUUAAACCACUGCAAUAUGGACAGCGGCUGGACAUUUCAACACCAUAACAAAUUCAAUGAGUGGGUUUGGUGGAAGCGAUCGUCUGAUAAUUAAAUCAACCUAUCAUCAGAAUAAAAUGCUGUCGUUAUGUAGCGAUAAACCUUUGAUCCAGCAAUUUCUAAGAUUCACCGAAGCCAUCGUUUAAGGAAACAAAAAGACGCCUGCCAACUCUAAGUUCAUUUUUGUAAUUUUCUUAACAGCGUAUUCCAAAUCACAGCUUUUAUUUAUAAUUUUAUUUAUAUAUAGAUUAGAAAACAUGGGAUGAGCAUUUAGUUAACUUUCACAGAAAUUGUAUUGAUUUGUGAUAAUGUGUUGUGUCUGAGAGAAAAUCAUGUAUAAAAGUGUUUUCUUUUCAGCUCUUGAGGUAUAAGAUGUUAUAACUAAACCCUCGGUCCCCGAACACUUGAAAUAAAAUGUGUUUUGUUUGUUAACAGGUGAACUUUGUGAUCUUUAUCAGAGUGAUUUGCAUUAUCAUCUCCAAGCUGCAGGCAAAUCUCAUGUGCAGAACUGACACCAAAUGCAGGUGAGUUAAUGGCGGCAGUAAAUCUAGCAAAGGCGAUAAAGCACACUGCGCAGAGUUACAGCGUGUAAUCCAUUCUGCCGCAACGAUAUUCUAAAUCAGACCGUGAAAUGCUGGUGGCGGAGUGUGGCAGGCUGGCUGCACAGGGACCCAUCAGACAUCUCUCACCGCAUUCUACUGAACGUUACAAUAUUUUAUAAUUCAAUUGCCAUUCACACACUACACAGAAACACUAUCACUGUAACACAAUACAGAGAUACACUAUCACUGUAACACAAUACAGAGAUACACUAUCACUGUAACACAAUACAGAGAUACACUAUCACUGUAACACAAUACACAGAUACACUAUCACUGUAACACAUUACACAGAUACACUAUCACUAUAACACAAUACACAGAAACACUAUCACUGUAACACAAUACAGAGAUACACUAUCACUGUAACACAAUACACAGAUACACUAUCACUGUAACACAUUACACAGAUACACUAUCACUGUAACACAAUACAGAGAUACACUAUCACUAUAACACAAUACACAGAUACACUAUCACUGUAACACAAUACACAGAUACACUAUCAUUGUAGCACAAUACACAGAAACACUAUCACUGUAACACAAUACACAGAUACACUAUCACUAUAACACAUUACACAGAUACACUAUCACUGUAACACAAUACACAGACAAACUAUCAUUGUAACACAAUACACAGAUACACUAUCACUGUAACACAAUACACAGAUACACUAUCAUUGUAACACAAUACACAGAUACACUAUCACUGUAACACAAUACACAGACACACUAUCACUGUAACACAGUACACAGCUUGUUAUAUUGAAUUUCUAUUUCUAAAAAUAGUGACUUGCUAUACAAACUAUUGUGGACUAAAGUUUUUAUCAGUCUCAGCCUGGACUGAAGUUGUUAUGGUCCACUUUAACUAUUUAGAAAACGGAGGUCCUGCUACCUCAGUACACCAGAUGUAUAUUUAACUAGCGACAGCCAGAAUCUCACUGAGCAUGAUAUGGCUCCAUUUGAUGGGACAAAAAAAAAUAUGAAAAGUAGCUCAAAGGAGGGCAGAACACAAAAACCAGAACCAAUGUAUGUUUUUAUUUUAUGUGAUAGUUAGGGAGCGGCUGUUAGAAUGAUCGUCUAAAGUAGAAUUGCUUUACUUUUUUUAGCAUCUGCGAAGUAUGUUAAACAAAUACUGUGUAGAAAGUAUCUGUAUGUCAGACUUCUUCAUUCCAUAACAGCUCUUCAUAGAGAGAGAUUUCUAUUUUAUUAAUGGAGUAUCUUUAUAAAUUAUUUAUUUAUUAAAGGGACACUAUAGUCACAAGAACAACUACAGCUUUUUGCAUUUGUUCUGGUGAGUAGAAUCAUUACCUUCAGGCUUUUUGCAGUAAACACAGUUUGUUUCAGAGAAAAUGCAGUGUUUACAUUACAGCCUAGUAAUACCUCCACUGGCCACUUCUCAGAUGGCUGCUAGAGGUGCUUCCUAGGGCACUGCUGCAUUCAGUGUCUCCACCCUCUGCAUGCAGACAGUGAACUUUCCUCAUAGAGGUGCAUUGAUUCAAUGUAUCUCUAUGAGGAGAUGAUGAUUGGCCAGGGAUGUGUUUGAAUUGUGCUAUGCCAAUUCUAUGGAGAAGCAUUGUGAUUGGCUCAGAUGAACACUUCUGAUGAUGUCAGCCAAGGAGGCAGAUCAGAUAAAUGUAAGAUCUUAUAUAUAUUAUAUUUAGGGGGCCAUAUAGUGUUUUUAAUACUAUAGGGUCAGGAAUACAUGUUUGUUUUCCUGACCCUCUAGUGUUCCUUUAAUGGAUUGCAUUUUUAUCAUUUCUAGUCAAGCAGAAAAGUUCCAAUACAUAAAAUCUCAGUAGCGCUGACUGACCACUUAGCCAUAUCGGUCAUGGACCGAGGACUCAAGGCAGUCUGGGGCCCGGAUGCAUAGAUAUGGCAGAGAUGGGGAGAUCGGAAGAUCUUCCCAUCUGGUCCAGCAUAAUUUAGUAUGUUUUAUUCAAUUUAUAUUUACAGGCCUCUACCGUUGUGGGGCUCGUAUCCUAUCACUCUAUCCCCUUCUCCAACUCCUAGUUAGAAAGGCACGAGUGGACACUAACCAGGGCUGGGGUAUUUUUGAUUUUAGCAAUGUCUCCCAACAAUAAGAAAUAUGGAUCUAGCAAGAAGUGGUGGGCUGGCCAACAGAGGUAGAGCUGAUUGGUGAGUCUGCCAAGUACAAGGAGCUUGCCAGCGUGACAUGCACCCAAAUCAAGUCAACUGACAGUUUCUGUGGCCGACUUCACUCACGACAGUUGACUCUGUGCUGCACACGCUAUCUAAUGAUGUGCUUUAUGAAAUGCUGAUAGGGAAUGACAUUACGAGACCUUUAAUUAAGGAGAGUUCCACCAAACCUGGGACAGUUGGGAGAUAUGUUUUAACCUAUACACACGUUGUACCUUCGCUCUGCACGUGUGGACAGUAUGUUGCACGUCGUCACACAUUGCUUGUAUGAGAUAUUCAGAUGAUUCUAUUUGUUGAUUUCUGAAUACUCAAUCACAAAAAUACAGUCACAUUCAAUUUUUCUUUCACAUUUGUCUUACUUUCUCAUAGAUUAAUGUAUACAAGAGCUCCACCCACAGAGACAUUUGGCUCAAAUUUAGUUUAAUAAUUAGGAGCAGUUUUAUUAGGGGAACUCUCUUAGUGACUCUUUUGUGUAGUCAAAGAACCCUUUGGAAUGCCCAGAUCAUAACUUUCUUUAUUGCAAGCGAACACUUUGGGCAUGUUAUACAAAUGAAGAGAGCACUUUCUAAACUGAGUAUGUUAUGCUUCUUAAAGGCUUGUUUCCUGUUGUUUUAUGAAGUAUGGUAGCCAUCAAAACAAAAUGUUACCUUAUUUGAAGAACAUACAUGUUUCUUUGUAUAACAUGACUGAAGAAGAGAUCUGCGUGGUGUUUGAGGCUCUCACUCUACAAGUCUACCUUUGUAGCUAUAGAGGAUCACUAUUGUGUCCUGAGACACUCAGGUAGUGUACCUCAUGUGAGUCAAGGAAGGGUAUGGAGAAGGAUGCGGAGGGAACAAAGUGACAUGGGAGAGAGUAUUGAAUCAGAGGAAAAUGCUCCUACUGAAUAGCAAUCCUUUUAAUCAAUGGGAGGCACAUUGUGUUAUUAGGAGGAGAAAAAAUAACACAAUUAUCAAAUAACUGCUUUUCACCCCAAAUAGAAUCCAGCACUUGGUGCGUGAUCUGCUUUGCAAAACCUACACAAAACCUAUCCGCUGUCUCCAUACCUCUCGCCAGAAGCUCUAUAUCUUUUUCAUGGCUAGCUGGGAUAGCAAAAAACUCCAGCAAAAUGCUUAAUUAUAGAUAAGCACCUUGUGAUAAACACGCUGUCUCGUAGUCUGGCACAGUUUAAAUGUUCUGCGAGCGCAGGCUCACAUUUUGUUACUAUAAUAUCCGCACAGUGCAAAUUGAGAACAAUACUUCCAACCUAUUUCAGAAAGCUGAAACCGUGCAGUAAUUAUCUAGGUUAAUUUAGUCAUUAGUAUUCUGUAAGAUAUAGUAUCAGUCUUUGGCCAAGCAAUAAAUCCAGGGAGCACAAUGUCGACUGCUGAGUUGGCUUUAUUCAGUAAAGAGUCUUUGAAGGACAUCUCCCCUGAAACUAAAUAUUUAUGGGCCAAAUAGAAUAUUUAAAUAAACACCUGAAGAGGCAUUGGGAGACAGAUUAGAUCCUUUCAGAGACUUUAUCCAGCUGGCAAAGAAGGAAUAACUCAGGUCUAUAACUUCAAGGCUGAGUAGUAUACACUCAACGUGGAGCAAAAUCCAGAGGGCACGGCAUAGUUAGCUCAUCCUCUGAGAUAUAUAUUUGUUAUUUAAACGUUUGUGUUUAUUAGGGCUAUGCAAAUAUAGUCAGUUACAAACAGAACAAUUUAUAUUUCGACAUGGCAGUAUAUAAAGUACUGAGAACAAUGCUCAUCAUUCCGAAGUCUGGAGAUUUUAGCAUUUUCAUCCACAGUAGCAAGAUGAUCUGUGGGUUUAACACGUGAAGGGGAUCUGGGAUCACGGAGUUUGAGACAGAAAAUUAUUUUCAGUUGAUGCUUUGAAAAUGUAAUGUUUAGGUUUUGUGCAAUUAACAUGUCAGAGAGAUAGAUAAAAAGUAAUUAGAGAUAGAUUGAGCUUAUAAAGUAAAAUAAAAGAGGAUGAGUGGGUCAGUGGUAGUAGAACGGAUUUCUCAUGGGAGAAGGCUGGGGAUUUGUCACUGGAAGUUAGGGUUCCAGAAGAUUGACCUAGAAUAUUUGUGGGUUGUUUUUGCAGCAGCAAAUUGGGGUUCAGGUAGAUUAACGUAAUGAAGCUAUGAAUUGAGAAUAGGCGGCAGAAGACGACUGAGUAUAAUAUUAAUAUUUUUUUUUAUUAUGCUGUUCAGUGUAAGAUAAGAAAAAUGUCCAGAGGUUAAUGCAAGUCUUUUUAUAGAAAUAACUACUUUAUAGCUUUUUUUUUUCUUUAUCAACAAAUGAUAUUUAGUCUUUUCAUUCCACCUGACAUUAUUACUUGUGUAUUGCAAAUUCCAGUACAUCGGUCCAGCACCAAGAAGCUUUUAUUGGUCGAUAUGUUAAUAUUCUUUUGAUGUAUUGGGUCUAUGAAAAAGCCUAAUUUGUUCCCACAGGACUUUACCACCCAGGGGGACUGCUAGAUAUUACGCAUUUAAACUUGAUUUCUUUUGAAAAAUGUAUUUAAAUUGUUUGGUACGUUGUGGCAGGCUUAUGCAAUGUAUGAUCACAUAACGUAAGUAAACCCCCAUUAUUUUUGCUUAGAUUAGGUGUUUUAAAAAAAAACUAAUAAAAUCUUUCAACAUUAAAGUUGAUGUUUAGUGGAUAGGUGAGUGCGCUGGAUCUUGUGUAAUAUUUAAAUAGUUUGGUGACUUAGACACUGUGUUUUUAGCGUUUUGUAUACAAAUCUGCAAAAAGUCUCUGAUCUACUCACAGUGCUGAAAUAUACACCGAUCUGCAUAUAUGACUUGGAUUUAGCUGGCUUUCAAAUGUUUAUUUCACUUUUAUGUGCUUGAAUUUAUUUAUUUAUUUCUAUGAAUACAUUUGUGAGAAAAUAGUCAUAAAAUGAUUGUGUGUUGUUUGUAAAAAUCCAUUGCCAAUAGAAAAUGUCAUGAAAUUUAUGGAACAUUAAUAUUUGUUCAAUGUGAUGGUAUCUCUUUGCGAGAUAAUACUAUGACAGCUUAACGUGUCUCUCUAAGCACCACAGCCACUACAACUUAUUAUAGUAAUUGUGUUGUAGGUUGUCAAAACAUUUUUCUUCAGUUAGAGAAAACCCAAUCCUUCUGCUGAUAGUCAGAUAAGAUGUUUUGUAUAAUCCUGUGACCUUUACACAGCAGUUAUCGUCUGUGUGUGCUGAGAGCAGUUUUAAAUCCUCAGUGGAGGUGGUGCUCCCCCCACCCCAUAUUUUUUUUCCAUCACUACUAAAACUUUGAAAAAAGUGGGCCAUCUGCUGCCAGAGACAUUUUUUACAAAGCCACUGAAAUAAAGUGCCAUGAUUAGUGUGUGUACAAUGCUUACAUUUAAUCUACAAUAAACAAUGUAUAAAUGUAUAUCUGCCAAUAACAUGGAUACCAUGAUCGAAUCAGAACUGCUUCCCAGUGGCAAAUAUUAAUAUCGGAAAUGAACAAUUAAACCUGCUUUAUGGGACACAUUGCACCAUGGUUAGCUAUUAUGGAUGAAGGACAGGCACUGCUCAGCCUUGAGCUAUGAUUCCAGGACAGUAGCCUUGGAUCUCACUUCUAACACCAAUCAAGUAAAGCUGUGUUAGAACCCCAUUUACAUUAAUCCUCAUUACUGUAAAUAUUCAUCUAAAAAAAAGAGAAUAAAUUAAUUAACAACACGCAUUGUUGUAAGAGAUUCAAUAUUUAUCUUUUUUAAGCAUUAAAAUAUGCACCAUUUUCUGUUCUUCGUUUUAUAUUAGUGAAGUUGUGAUUAUUUUUAAAUUUAAGGUAAAUGUUACAUGUUCUUACAAAACUUGCUUUUUUUUCUUCUUACUGUUUUGUUCCAUCUAACUGUAGACUUGCCAAAUCCACUCUGACACUGAUCCCUUUACUGGGAACCCAUGAAAUUAUCUUUGCAUUUAUCACGGAUGAACAUGCUAAGGGGAUCAUACGCUACAUCAAACUCUUCUUUGAAUUAUCCUUCAGCUCCUUCCAGGUAAUGAGAAAAGCCAUAAUGCGUCCAUCCAUGUACAUUAACACCUUCAUGCUCAAAACAAUGAGAAGUUGUGUGCUCCUAUGUUGACUAAUCAUAGGCCACUUAACUCGCAAUUUCACCAGCAACAGUCUACAGUUGGAAGGGGAACAAAUUCCGUGACAAAAUUUCCACUUCCACUGUGUCUGUGAAAUAAUGUUUCCUCCUCCAUCAUGGUAAGAUCAGAGGCCUUAUUAGAUUAAACUUUGUGGUUGUAUUCUAGUAGUCUAUGAGAGGGCAUAACACAGAGCUUCUUUGCAGGCUGCAAUAUCAGACUGCAAUGUACUAUAUGUUACAAAUACUCUGUGUCAAUUAAUGUACUUACUGUAUGUAGACAGUAUGCAAACAACGAAUCACGUCCUUAAAUAAAAUAUAAACAUCUGGCUUGAUUAAAGACACAGAAAGGAUACGUCAUAAACAUAACUCCAGAAACUAUGAUAUUAAGAUUUAAGUGUUUGUUUGUGUCCACUUAAGCAUUACUCUAUGUGAAAAUACUAUAAUUUUAUUAAUGACAGGAGGCUUCAUAUUUGCUUAAGUCUCUCUUUACUAGAACUCCACAGCAGCACAGAAAAACGACCAAUCAGAAAAAAGUUAGGUACUAUAAAACCCCCCUCCCCAUGCAUCAUUGCCUCUUUCUUUGCUGCUCCGCAUCAGUACAGGUCAGAGUACCACUGCCUCCUGCUAAUAUUAGUAGAGGGCUUUGGGAUUUUAUUGCUUAUAUUCAGUAUUUUAGUCUUAUACAUGCAGUAUGUUAUAAUCCUUGUGGGAUUUUAUUCUUAUAAUGCAGUAUGUUAUAAUACUUGGGGGAUUUUAUUUUUAUAAUGCAGUAUGUUAUAAUCCUUGAGGGAUUUUAUUCCUAUAAUGCAGUACUGUUAUAUCCAUGUGGGAUUUUAUUCUUAUAAUGCAGUAUUGUUAUAAUCCUUGUGGGAUUUUAUUCUUAUAAUGCAGUAUGUUAUAAUCCUUGUGGGAUUUUAUUCUUAUAAUGCAGUAUGUUAUAAUCCAUGUGGGAUUUUAUUCUUAUAAUGCAGUAUGUUAUAAUCCUUGAGGGAUUUUAUUCUUUUCAAAUAAUUUUUAUUAAAGUUUUUUUUUUUUUUGUAUAACAAAUGAUAAUAAUACAAACAUUGUAUUAGGGGUAGGAAAGGAGGGGUAACAUGGAAAUGGGAAGGGGUAUCCAUCCAUCAAUGAAAUAAACAUAUUAAAGUAUACGGCAAAAAGAAAAAUGUUUUACAACAAUGCACUUUAACAAUAAAUAUAUCAAAGACCAUAAACUGUUUUGAUUUUUUCUUCCCAUUUAUCCCAGUUGUAUUUUAGUAUUGGGAAACCAUGCAUAUUGGCUCUGUGUGAUAAUUCAUGUGCCUUAUUUUCUAAAAUCAAAUUAAAAACUUCUCUGAGAGAUGGCACAUUUUGAGAUGUCUAGGUAAACAGGAUGUAGCAGCGAUCAGAAUGUGGCCUAUGAUUAUUUUAUCUGAUCUAUUAAUGGACUCCAGGAGUUUUUUAAAUAAGGCUAGUUCCGAGGUUAAGAUACUAAUGGUUCCGUUCACUUUAAUAAUCAGAUCGUGGAUCAUUUUCCAAUAAUUAAUUAACUUGGGGCAGAACCACCAGAUAUGGGCCAUAUUGCCCACUCCCCCACAAUCUCUCCAACACCAGUCAGAAUACAUAUUGUUCAUGUUAUGUAAUCUAGACGGAGCCAGGUACCAGCGAUAUAAGAUUUUAUAAUGAUUUUCAAAAUGGUCGGUGCAAUACGAAAUACCUUUUAAACCUGUAAAGAAACCGAACCAUUCUUCUAAAUCGUACUGGGGGAUUUUAUUCUUAUAAUGCAGUAUGUUAUAAUCCAUGUGGGAUUUUAUUCUUAUAAUGCAGUAUGUUAUAAUCCUUGUGGGAUUUUAUUCUUAUAAUGCAGUAUGUUAUAAUCCUUGAGGGAUUUUAUUCUUAUAAUGCAGUAUGUUAUAAUCCUUGUGGGAUUUUAUUCUUAUAAUGCAGUAUGUUAUAAUCCUUGUGGGAUUUUAUUCUUAUAAUGCAGUAUGUUAUAAUCCUUGUGGGAUUUUAUUCUUAUAAUGCAGUAUGUUAUAAUCCAUGUGGGAUUUUAUUCUUAUAAUGCAGUGUUAUAUAACUCUUGAGGGAUUUUUAUUUUAUAAUGCAGUAUGUUAUAACUAUGUGGGAUUUAUUCUUAUAAUGUAGGUAUGUUAUAACUUGAGAUUUUACUCUUUUAUAAUGCAGUAUGUUAUAAUCCUUAGGGAUUUAUUCCUUAUAAUGCAGUAUGUUAUAACUUUGUGGAUUUUAUUCUUAUAAUGAUGGCAAUCCAUGGGAUUUUAUUCUUAUAAUGCAGUAUGUUAUAAUCCUUGAGGGAUUUUAUUCUUAUAAUGCAGUAUGUUAUAAUCCUUGUGGGAUUUUAUUUUUAUAAUGCAGUAUGUUAUAAUCCUUGUGGGAUUUUAUUCUUAUAAUGCAGUAUGUUAUAAUCCAUGUGGGAUUUUAUUCUUAUAAUGCAGUAUGUUAUAAUCCAUGUGGGAUUUUAUUCUUAUAAUGCAGUAUGUUAUAAUCCAUGUGGGAUUUUAUUCUUAUAAUGCAGUAUGUUAUAAUCCUUAAGGGAUUUUAUUCUUAUAAUGCAGUAUGUUAUAAUCCUUGUGGGAUUUUAUUCUUAUAAUGCAGUAUGUUAUAAUCCAUGUGGGAUUUUAUUUUAUAAUGCAGUAUGUUAUAAUCCAUGUGGGAUUUUAUUCUUAUAAUGCAGUAUGUUAUAAUCCUUGUGGGAUUUUAUUCUUAUAAUGCAGUAUGUUAUAAUCCUUGUGGGAUUUUAUUCUUAUAAUGCAGUAUGUUAUAAUCCAUGUGGGAUUUUAUUCCUAUAAUGCAGUAUGUUAUAAUCCUUGAGGGAUUUUAUUCUUAUAAUGCAGUAUGUUAUAAUCCUUGUGGGAUUUUAUUCUUAUAAUGCAGUAUGUUAUAAUCCUUGUGGGAUUUUAUUCUUAUAAUGCAGUAUGUUAUAAUCCUUGUGGGAUUUUAUUCUUAUAAUGCAGUAUGUUAUAAUCCUUGUGGGAUUUUAUUCUUAUAAUGCAGUAUGUUAUAAUCCUUGUGGGAUUUUAUUCUUAUAAUGCAGUAUGUUAUAAUCCUUGUGGGAUUUUAUUCUUAUAAUGCAGUAUGUUAUAAUCCUUGAGGGAUUUUAUUCUUAUAAUGCAGUAUGUUAUAAUCCUUGAGGGAUUUUAUUCCUAUAAUGCAGUAUGUUAUAACUUUGCGGGAUUUUAUUCUUAUAAUGCAGUAUGUUAUAAUCCUGUGGGAUUUUAUUCUUAUAAUGCAGUAUGUUAUAACUUGUGAUUUUAUUCUUAUAAUGCAGUAUGUUAUAAUUCCGUGGGAUUUUAUUCUAUAAUGGCAUGCUGCAACCCGAGGAUUUGCCUUAUAAUGCAGUAUGUUAUAAUCCAUGUGGGAUUUUAUUCCUAUAAUGUAGUAUGUUAUAAUCCUUGAGGGAUUUUAUUCUAUAAUGCAGUAUGUUAGAAUCCCGGAUUUUUAAUUUUAUAAUGCAGUAUAAGUUAUAAUCCUUGAGGAUUUUAUUCUUAUAAUGCAGUAUGUUAAAUCCUUUUGUGGGAUUUAUUCUUAUAAUGCAGUAUGUUAUAACUUUGUGGGAUUUUAUUAUCUCUUUAUAAUGCAGUAUGUUACAAUCCUGAGGAUUUUAUUCUUAUAAUGCAGUAUGUUAGGAACUUCAGGGAUUUUAUUCUUAUAAUGCAGUAUGUUAUAAUCCUUGUGGGAUUUUAUUCUUAUAAUGCAGUAUGUUAUAAUCCAUGUGGGAUUUUAUUCUUAUAAUGCAGUAUGUUAUAAUCCUUGAGGGAUUUUAUUCUUAUAAUGCAGUAUGUUAUAAUCCUUGUGGGAUUUUAUUUUUAUAAUGCAGUAUGUUAUAAUCCUUGUGGGAUUUUAUUCUUAUAAUGCAGUAUGUUAUAAUACUUGGGGGAUUUUAUUCUUAUAAUGCAGUAUGUUAUAAUCCUUGUGGGAUUUUAUUCUUAUAAUGCAGUAUGUUAUAAUCCAUGUGGGAUUUUAUUCUUAUAAUGCAGUAUGUUAUAAUCCUUGAGGGAUUUUAUUCUUAUAAUGCAGUAUGUUAUAAUCCUUGUGGGAUUUUAUUCUUAUAAUGCAGUAUGUUAUAAUCCUUGUGGGAUUUUAUUCUUAUAAUGCAGUAUGUUAUAAUCCUUGUGGGAUUUUAUUCUUAUAAUGCAGUAUGUUAUAAUCCUUGAGGGAUUUUAUUCUUAUAAUGCAGUAUGUUAUAAUCCUUGAGGGAUUUUAUUCUUAUAAUGCAGUAUGUUAGAAUCCUUGUGGGAUUUUAUUCCUAUAAUGCAGUAUGUUAUAAUCCUUGUGGGAUUUUAUUCUUAUAAUGCAGUAUGUUAGAAUCCUUGUGGGAUUUUAUUCUUAUAAUGCAGUAUGUUAUAAUCCUUGUGGGAUUUUAUUCUUAUAAUGCAGUAUGUUAUAAUCCUUGAGGGAUUUUAUUCUUUUCAAAUAAUUUUUAUUAAAGUUUUUUUUUUUUUGUAUAACAAAUGAUAAUAAUACAAACAUUGUAUUAGGGGUAGGAAAGGAGGGGUAACAUGGAAAUGGGAAGGGGUAUCCAUCCAUCAAUGAAAUAAACAUAUUAAAGUAUAUGGCAAAAAGAAAAAUGUUUUACAACAAUGCACUUUAACAAUAAAUAUAUCAAAGACCAUAAAUUGUUUUGAUUUUUUCUUCCCAUUUAUCCCAGUUGUAUUUUAGUAUUGGGAAACCAUGCAUAUUGGCUCUGUGUGAUAGUUCAUGUGCCUUAUUUUCUAAAAUCAAAUUAACAACUUCUCUGAGAGAUGGCACAUUUUGAGACUUCCAAUGUCUAGGUAAACAGGAUGUAGCAGCGAUCAGAAUGUGGCCUAUGAUUAUUUUAUCUGAUCUAUUAACAGACUCCGGGAGUUUUUUAAAUAAGGCUAGUUCCGAGGUUAAGAUACUAAUGGUUCCGUUCACUUUAAUAAUCAGAUCGUGGAUCAUUUUCCAAUAAUUAAUUAACUUGGGGCAAAACCACCAGAUAUGGGCCAUAUUGCCCACUCCCCCACAGUCUCUCCAACACCGGUCAGAAUACAUAUUGUUCAUGUUAUGUAAUCUAGACGGAGCCAGGUACCAGCGAUAUAAGAUUUUAUAAUGAUUUUCAAAAUGGUCGGUGCAAUACGAAAUACCUUUUAAACCUGUAAAGAAACCGAACCAUUCUUCUAAAUCGUACUGGGGGAUUUUAUUCUUAUAAUGCAGUAUGUUAUAAUCUAUGUGGGAUUUUAUUCUUAUAAUGCAGUAUGUUAUAAUCCUUGAGGGAUUUUAUUCUUAUAAUGCAGUAUGUUAUAAUCCUUGAGGGAUUUUAUUUUUAUAAUGCAGUAUGUUAUAUCCAUGUGGGAUUUUAUUCUUAUAAUGCAGUAUGUUAUAAUCCAUGUGGGAUUUUAUUCUUAUAAUGCAGUAUGUUAUAAUCCAUGUGGGAUUUUAUUCUUAUAAUGCAGUAUGUUAGAAUCCUUGUGGGAUUUUAUUCUUAUAAUGCAGUAUGUUAUAAUCCAUGUGGGAUUUUAUUCUUAUAAUGCAGUAUGUUAUAAUCCAUGUGGGAUUUUAUUCUUAUAAUGCAGUAUGUUAUAAUCCUUGUGGGAUUUUAUUCUUAUAAUGCAGUAUGUUAUAAUCCUUGUGGGAUUUUAUUCUUAUAAUGCAGUAUGUUAUAAUCCUUGUGGGAUUUUAUUCUUAUAAUGCAGUAUGUUAUAAUCCAUGUGGGAUUUUAUUCUUAUAAUGCAGUAUGUUAUAAUCCUUGUGGGAUUUUAUUCUUAUAAUGCAGUAUGUUAUAAUCCUUGUGGGAUUUUAUUCUUAUAAUGCAGUAUGUUAUAAUCCUUGUGGGAUUUUAUUCUUAUAAUGCAGUAUGUUAUAAUCCAUGUGGGAUUUUAUUCUUAUAAUGCAGUAUGUUAUAAUCCUUGUGGGAUUUUAUUCUUAUAAUGCAGUAUGUUAUAAUCCUUGUGGGAUUUUAUUCUUAUAAUGCAGUAUGUUAUAAUCCUUGUGGGAUUUUAUUCUUAUAAUGCAGUAUGUUAUAAUCCAUGUGGGAUUUUAUUCUUAUAAUGCAGUAUGUUAUAAUCCUUGAGGGAUUUUAUUCUUAUAAUGCAGUAUGUUAUAAUCCUUGAGGGAUUUUAUUCUUAUAAUGCAGUAUGUUAUUGCCUUGGUCCUUGUGUAAAUUUUCCUUACACAUGCAGUUUUGUUAUAACCCCUGUGGGACUUUAUCUUUACUUGUAACUUCAGACUAUCACUGUUAUAUACCUAUUUAGUUUGGAUUUCUGGAGGGUCUUUGGGGUCCUCCUGUCUCCUCUAGCACCUUGGCCUUGUCCCCCCCUGUCCGUCUUCCAGCUUUGUGUAUGCCCGUUGUUAUAAUUUUUGUUCCACCUUGUCAGUUUCUGGCGGUGUCGUUAGAUCUAAUUCAAUGCAGGAGGGACGCCCCUCUAUGCAGUCAUCGAUGUCCUGUACAGGUACAAGCCUGUGUGAUGAACAAAAGGACGGCACCGUAGAGCGUUGAGUGUACGAGAGAGCCGCACUCUCUAAUAAUGUGACCGAAUUCUGUGUCAGCGUCAGGCUGAUAGCCUGAGCGUGCCGCACCCGUUAAAAACCAAACAGUAGAGUCUACAUCCAUGACCGGUUCUCUCUACAAGAAUGUGUAACUCCAAACAUGUCCUCUGUAUCCAGCUCAGUAUCGGGCUGAGGUUGAGGGAGGGCCGCACCCUCUAAUAACAAAUCAGUGUCCGGUUCUGUAUAUGAGAGGGGUUCGCUCUCUGUUCCUGAAAAUAAAAUAAAAUAAAAUAUAAUUCUCGGAUCGAGGUGAUGGAGGGCCGCACCCUCUUGUGAUCCAAACUAGAGUCCCUUAGAUACUCAGGGUUACCAACUGCAGGGGUACACCAAUUACUAAUAUCAGCAUAAGACUGAGGUCCUUAGGUGGGUCUCUCUCCGACCACGAGACCUCUCUCUGAAUCACUCACCUGAGAAGGAACCAACUGGUAGUAAACCAGACCGAUGGCAGAUGGUCUAGUAUACAACCUCGAGCCGUAUCCAUCCUAAUAACAGAAAAGGAUGGUGUGAAAAUGCAACCUUCGGAAACAAUGAUGGAAACUACCAACUGACCGCCCGGAUCCCAUGCGCAAUCCACGGGAGCCCGAGAGGUCGAUGGAGGUCAAGUCAUGCCUCUCGACGACCCGAGCGAUAGGAAAAGGAAGAUACGAAAACAAAAACAAUAAUAAAUGUAGAUAAGAGUAAAUAUGUAUCUCGGAUAGAAGGUAAAUAGCAGGCCGGAAGGCAAGUCAAGUAAGCCCCACUUAACAGGGCCAGGACCUUAUGCAGAAAUAACUACCGAUAUCUAGAUGGAUACCGGGAGGCAGCUAGAAGGUUAGUUGUUAAAGACAAGGAAACACUGUGUCGAAUGGGCACAGACAUAGCUGGUCAAUCAAAUAGGCACAGACAUAGCAGGCCAAUCAAUGGGGCACAGACAUAGCAGGCCAAUCAAUGGGGCACAGACAUAGCAGGCCCGUGAUAGCGUUCCGACAACCGUAGGGCCCAUCUGCGUGUUUAUAGUCCCCUAUAUAUAUAUGUGUGUAAAGAAACAGGGAAAGCUUGAGUUAAAUAAUUUCAAUAUGUAAAACCCACUAGCAGGCUAGUAAUGUGAUUAUAACAGCAUUUUUACAUAAUACAUCUGGAUUAAGUUGCUAUUAUGUCUCCAGUCUAAUAUCACAGAUGUUACAGCUACUAGUGAUGAAUGUGCUAUAGCACUAUACAGGGAACUGGCAGACUUUAAUGUUUGGCCAAAGACAGAAAUCCAAUCUGCAGGCACCUCAGAGCAGUACAGGGUGUACUGCCUAAAGCCUAUUCUCCAGCCCAGCAAAAUAUAUAUAUAUAUAUAUAUAUAUAUAUAUAUAAUACCCUCUUGUUUCAUAUAUAAUACCCUCUUGUUUAUAUAUAUAUAUAUAAAUGUGGCGUCAUCUUGGGUUAUAGAUUAACCAUGAGCAGGGUGGAGGGGCCCUCAUCUGAUGUAAAAAAACUCCGGCCGUGAUCGAAAUCCGGCCUUGAUUGACAGAGGGGAGGAAAGCCCCUCAAACAGACCUCCAACCAGUUAGGAACAGACGGGGGAGGGGCCGCAGGUGGAGGCGGCCGUGACGAAGCGGCCACUUGGGACAGGAGGUCCGGCCGCCGGGUCCUUGUCUCGAGCUCCCCGAGCGACCGGAAAAAACACACGGGACCACCGGAGAUGAACUCCACGGUCCCAGAGCUCGGGGGAUCGAAAUAAAAAUAAAAUAAAAUAAAAUGCUACCAAUUUCGUUAUAGAGGGCUGCCUGAUCAUGCAGGAUAUUCAUAUUUUGACUGGAUGCCUCUAUUUUAUCUCCUGUAAUGGAUCUACUGGAUUCAGACCACUGUACCACAUGCGAGAAAUACUCAGAGGUAUAAUGGGGGGAGACUCCCGCUUAUUUACACACACUCUUGGAGGCGGUACGGCUAAUGGAUGAGCCUCAGGUGUUACAAGAGUGCAGGUUUUGGUAUAUUCUGCGCUAUAUAAAACAGACAAUUGCAUUCUGUUUUGGAUAUCCGGACCAUUCCGGACAAACUGCGCAGACAGUUUUUCCCAUAUCAAGAUGACAUGAGAUACUGAGACCUUCAUGGAGCAAAUGGGCACUGCCUUGCUCGGGUAACAAGACUAGGGAAGGCCCACUACCCGGUCUGCAGGUACACCGUACGCAUGGAUCGCAUGGUAAGACCGGAAACCCCAGUUGUCUUGAGUUCCCUGGUCAUUACAAUCUUGGGAUAAGAUGGCAGGACUGCCCUUACUCCUCUGAGCACAUACCUGGAGAACAUGGUUCGGAGAUGGAGGGUGCUCCGUCUAUACUCUAUAUCCCUCACGGGAGCCGUCUUGGUUUGGGUUCGCGCUAACCCACUUUUUCAACUACUAUCAAGGAGACCUAUGAGACUCUAUAGAGGAACCCUGUGUGCUCUGACUCCUACACGGACGUCAAAGUCGGGUCGCAACCUACCGCUGGAGUACAGCUCAGGAUGUGUAGCAGACUCGGAUAGGGCUGCCGACAUUCUCAAACGGGACAACACAUGAUUCGAAUGGCUGAAGCUAGACCCUUCUUUUUUCGCUAUAUCUACUCUCUGGAGUCACCUGUCAUCAGCGAAGGGACUUUACGCCUUGCCUGCGUAUUGGAGAACGCUAUGUGUUCGCGGGACUCCCUCUAUAGGGAUACUUUGACUUCGAUUAUCGAACUCACAUUCCUGGGUCCCUAAGGGUCUCACUAUAUUAUACCCUAUCUUGUAGGUGGCGUGUAGAACCCCUACACGAAUUUUGACAGGUCGGGCAUGGAACAGGAUUGUACGACGGGUAAUCGGACUAUUUCACUCUCUCACUACAGCACGUGAGGACUCUUCGUUGUUAUACAGGUCCCAAUCACCAUUGGAUCCGUACAUCUUAUCACUCUUAGACAAUGACAUCUGGAUGGGAAUCUCAACUCCAGUUUAUGUUUCCCAUCCCUUUGAACUAUUCCCAGAAUAGUCGACCACAGUUCCACCACACAAGUUCAGUUUGGGACCCUGAUUGGACGUCCUUUUUUGGAGUCCUUUCUCUACCGCAGCCGAGGAUUACACAGUCCAUUUGGGAUAUUGGAAUAACUUAGGAUACGGCUAUUUUGACCACACUCUUGCCUUCAUAAUAAAUAUAUUCUCGGAUGAGACCUCUCACUGGGUAGGCCAUGAGGGAACGAAAGAUCCUACUCAGAUCUAUUACGGAAUUGGUGGUGGACUUAGGUGCAUUCCUUGAGAUGGAGAUCUACCUGCAAGGCCACAUCGCCAGGUGACCCUGGCACGAUCGGAGGAGCCACCUUACACAUCAAGAGUUGAGACAUGGUGGCAGUGUCUUUUCGCGACCCUAAGUCCACAAAUGACCUUUGACAUUUUAUAACUACAAGGAAAUGGCUAAUAGGUCUGCUUGGCAGCUCAUGGACCGGCUGGUAGGAAACAGGUUGCAACCCCACGUACAAUGGAUCUAUCAGCGGAUGUUGUUUUUUCCGUAUUUGUGAUGCUACGUCAUCUGGCAUCUUCAUCGAUCUGUCUACUGUCAUUUAUCGCAGUUGGAAAGUCAAUUUAGGAUUAGGUACCAGCGAAACAAACAGCGUUGGAUUUGUUGACCGAGUGUUAAAACAGCAAAUACGAAGCCUCCCGGUCAUGUUAUAAAAUUGUAGAUUAUGCUAGAUUUAGUGUACCUAUAAUCUUAAUUUUAUCCAUGACAGGAGGCGAGUAUUUCCCACCCGUUCUUAUCCCUCCCUUGUUUAAUUUUAAUAGUUUGGAUUAAUCAGGUACAUAUGCAACUCUGCUUGUUGUCUCUGGUACCUGUCACUUGUUCUUAUGUCUGUUUUUUCAUAAGUAGGGUUGGGAUAUCUACAUAUUCAGGUACUUUUGGUUGCUACAUUGGGUACCUACAUGUUUAUUUAGAGUACAUUUCAUUGGAUAAUCAACCUGUUCAAUUCUGUUUUUCUCUCGUUUCAGUUUACAGUCCAUCAACGCUAUCUGGUUUGGCCGUUCUUCUCGGAUGGUGGACAUCGUUGUAUUCAUAGUAUCUAGGACUUUGUUUCUUCCCCAUUAUGUUUUCUGCCUUUUAUUCUGUUUUUGUCGCAGCUUGAAAGAGGAAAUGAUGCAUGGGGAGGGGAGUUUUAUAGUACCUAACUUUUUUCUGAUUGGUUGUUUUUCUGUGCUGCUGUGGAGUUCUAGUAAAGAGAGACUAAAGCAAAUAUUCGCCUCCUGUCAUUAAUAAAAUUAAGAUUAUAGUUACACUAAAGCUAGCAUAAUCUACAAUUAAGCAUAUCUACAAACCCGUAUCCUUUAAUAAUAUACACAGACAGUAAGGUAUAUAUUUCCAGAAAAUUGAAAUGAAAACAAACGUAUUAGAACAAAUUUCAUGUUUUUCAAAAUGCAUAUUUUCACCAUCUAUUUGCACAACUCAACAUUUAUCCCUGAACGUGUCUCUUAAUAUGCCAUUAUUAGCCCAAAGUACGGCAUAUUGGCACUGCUGUCCCUGAGACACUGCAUGUUAUUCUGACUCAUUGUGUAACCGUGCGUGGAUCCUUGUAAGAUGGUUACUUAGUUACGUCAAUAUGCAGAGUUGCCAUGAACCCUUCUCAAAAAAUGUAACUUUUUUAAUUCCAAUAAACAUUGAUGGCCAUUGCAAUAAUGUUAUCUGCGUGGAGAAUCAUCUCCUCUACAGGAUCUUAGGAAAUGCAAUACAGUAAUAAAAUGAAUGUUGCUAUUUGAGCAAUAUUUCCCUUGGUAAAUGGGAUAAUACAUUUUAGAACAUGCCAGGCUGCAAAUGACCACCUUUUCUUAAUACGUGAUGAAGAUUGUAAACUAAAGGGGAACUUUGACUUCACAGGUUUUUAAAUGUUAUGUUUACUUAUCCUUAAAUUUAGCAAAUACACACUUGGUGUGAAAAGUAAAAUUAAAUGUAGACAUUCACAUCUCUUUAUCCCGCAACUGGGCACCUCCAUCUUAGCUCCCUGUCAGUCAUUGUUAUAAACUCCGCCCAUUACACCUGGCAGUCAGUAUAGAGAGAGCCACCUCCAUCUUAGCUCCCUGUCAAUCAUUGUUAUAAACUCCGCCCAUUACACCUGGCAGUCAGUAUAGAGAGAGCCGUCUCCAUCUUAGCUCCCUGUCAAUCAUUGUUAUAAGCUCCGCCCUUUACACCUGGCAGUCAGUAUAGAGAGAGCCUCCUCCAUCUCAGCCCCCUGUCAAUCAUUGUUAUAAGCUCCGCCCUUUACACCUACAGAGAGCAUACCGAGAAGAUGAGAAAUUAAACAAUGUUUCUAUUUUCCCUUUUCAUUACCAAUGUUUGCCCUGACUUUGCCUUGUCUGAAUCGGAUUAUUAUGUAAUUUGCUAAAUCUUUAAUAGAAAUGUAAAAUAAAUUUUAAAGAAAUAACACAAGUUUUAUGUGAUGUUCUAAGUUUUACGCAUUGACAUAAAUGUCAUCCUUUAACAAAAAAAAGAUUAACAAAGAUAAGAAAUAACUCCGAGUGCUGCUCACUUGUUGCAAUUUCCCAGUUAAUAGUUAUUACAUCACUGGUAUCACUAUCCAGCAGGGGCCACUCUUUGUACAAAACCCUUUCACUCACAGUAUAAUGAGAUAUAAUGAUUAGCUAUUGUGUAUAUAAAUAUUAUACUGAUAUAUUUAAAAUAUAUGAAGCAAAUCUGUAAAAAGAAUAAAAUCAUUUUAAACUACAGUCCUGUUAUGUUCAUGUUAUUAAAUCAAUUAAUCAUUAUCAUUUCUUUAAUGUUUAGGGAUUAAUGGUUGCUGUUCUGUACUGUUUUAUCAACAAUGAG